AUGGGGAGCGGAGUCAGUGCUGAGGACAGACAGCUGGCCAAGCGGUCCAAGGAGCUAGAACGGAAGCUGCAGGAGGACGCAGACAAGGAGGCCAAGACCGUCAAGCUGCUGCUGCUGGGGGCCGGGGAGUCGGGGAAGAGCACCAUCGUCAAGCAGAUGAAGAUCAUUCACCAGGACGGCUACUCGCCGGAGGAAUGCCUGGAGUACAAGUCCGUCAUCUACGGCAACGUGCUGCAGUCCAUCCUGGCCAUCGUCCGCGCCAUGUCCACCUUGGGCAUCGACUAUGCCCAGCUGAGCUGUGCGGAUGACGGGCGGCAGCUCAACAACCUGGCCGACUCCCUGGAGGAGGGCACCAUGCCCCCCGAGCUGGUGGAGGUGAUCAGGAGGCUGUGGCAGGACGGCGGGGUGCAGGCCUGCUUCGACAGAGCGGCGGAGUACCAGCUCAAUGACUCGGCGGCCUACUACCUGAACCAAUUAGACCGGAUUGCGGCCCCCGACUACCUCCCCAAUGAGCAAGACGUGCUACGAUCCAGAGUCAAAACCACAGGCAUCAUCGAGACCAAGUUUUCCGUCAAAGACUUGAACUUCAGGAUGUUCGAUGUGGGAGGGCAGAGGUCGGAGAGGAAGAAGUGGAUCCACUGCUUUGAGGGAGUCACGUGCAUCAUUUUCUGUGCGGCCCUCAGCGCCUACGACAUGGUGCUGGUGGAAGACGACGAGGUGAAUCGUAUGCAUGAGUCCUUGCACCUGUUCAACAGCAUCUGCAACCACAAGUUCUUCGCGGCCACGUCCAUUGUCCUCUUUCUCAACAAGAAGGACCUCUUUGAGGAAAAAAUCAAGAAGGUGCAUCUCAGCAUUUGCUUCCCAGAGUAUGAUGGGAACAACUCUUAUGAGGAUGCAGGGAACUAUAUCAAGAGCCAGUUCCUUGACCUCAACAUGCGAAAAGAUGUCAAAGAAAUCUACAGUCACAUGACCUGCGCUACGGACACGCAAAACGUCAAAUUUGUCUUUGACGCAGUUACAGACAUUAUCAUCAAAGAAAACCUCAAGGACUGCGGGCUCUUCUAAUCUCCAUCACUUCCCACGUGCAUCUUCCACGAGCGGGCUUGGAAUCUGGGCGAUUUUGAGCAGAAAAUGUCCGGUCACGACACCGUGAGAUGGGGAAUGAAUGCGUGCUCCCUUGGCGGCGAGGUAUACAUGCCUGGACGGUCUCUCUCACAUUCUUUUCAAAGCAGCGUAGCCAGUGAGUUUAAAGAGCCCGAGGCCAGGAGCCAGAAGACCCAGGCUCCAGGACCGGUUCUGCAACUCACGGCAAAACUUAAACAUUUCAUUUCUCGGGCCUCGAGUCCCUCCCCUGUAAAGUGAAGGGAACUCCUCUACUACUUCACGGGGCUCUUCUGAUGAUCACAAACCUAACUGCAGGGAAGGCACAGAAAGGCUCUGUGGUUAGAGUCACAGAAAGAAAUCCUAUGUAAAUGCUGCCAUUUAUGACAAGCAAUACCAGGUUUUUUGAUGAACUAGCCCAAGCAAAACAGCAAAAAUCAAUUAAAAACAAAACCUUGAUAACCCUACCACCCCUUUUUACUAACAGACCUCCCUCUAUGUGCCUUAGCUCAGACAUCCAGAUCACUGAAUAGAGGUGUUAGUUUUGAAGGCACAUAUAGAAGAACAAUCAUUUUAUUAAGCAGACUACCCCUCUGCCCCCCAAAAGACCGAGUUCCCUUUAUCUAUAGGUAACUGUUUCUCAGCUAUACAGGAUACUUUCUAAGUAAGCUUGGAGUAUUAAUGAUUUUAUUGCUGCUACUCCUCUACCAUAGAAUCUAGAACAAGUGAGCAAUCCUAAAAUUCUCAUUUCAACUGCUAUUUGUUUCAUAAUAAAAAAGGCAGCGAGCCGAACCGGUUUGGCUCAGUGGAUAGAGCGUCGGCCUGCGGACUCAGGGGUCCC